AAAUCAUGUGCAGCUAGAGAAUAAUUUAAAGUGAUCUUAAUGACGCAUUGCUUUUGGGCCAUGUUUAGGGUGUCAGCGGGUGUUGUGGUCUCAAGCCAUUGCUCUGUCAUGUUCUGAUUAGUAUGCUUGAGGAGGAGCAGCUCUUGGAGUUUAUUUUUGGAGGUUGCUCUGUCAUUGCGGUCUGUGUGUGUAUAUAGUUAGAGGGGAAACAGGGGGCCAGUGACGACCCAGUGCUGGGUGCGGUACAUGUGAGCAUGACAGUUGGUUUGGGUCGCUCUUAAGGAUGUAUGCUAAAGACUUUGAUGUGUGCAGUGUGGUGUAUAAGGUUUUAUCUAUUCCUGUUCCCUUAAAACUAUAAUUUUCCUUUUUCUUCUCCUUUUUGUUAAGCCUCAUCUCCAUAGUGUUAUAUCAACAUGCACUUCUGCACACCGCCAGGUCUUAAAUUAGAGACUGACUAAAGGUGGUGUGGGUGGACACUUCUCCAGAAUCUUUGUUUUGCUCAAUUACUUCAUCACCAAACAAGGAACUGCUACUACAUUCCUGUGUUGGUAAGGAUUUGUGUUUUCAGCAGGAAAUCAUAUGACUAGCUGAUGGUAAUAUGCAAGUGUAUUCCAACUAACCGGAGACGUCAAUAUACAUCCAAGACCAGUUUGGCCUGACUUAAAUCAGCAUGUAUGACAACAUUGGUCUGUUUUGGGGAAGUUUUGGUCCAUGUUGAUUUGGGAACUACAUUUUUAUUUUUAAUUUCUCGUCCUGUUGUCAAGUACAUGUUCAUUAAUUUCAUCUCAGCUGUGCAUUGCCAUAUUCAUCCCCUUCACCUGCCCUCCAUAUAUAUCUAAACCUUAGCUCAGCAUUUUAGGUUUGUGCUACAUCUGUAUUUUUAUCCAAGUUUUUUUAGCCUGAAGGCCACUCAGAGGUAUCGGGUUCUUGACUCUGGGCAGGAUACCCACACUAAAGACAUGGCAGUGUGGGCAAUUACAAAAACCAUGUGCAGUUUCUUCUCUUUACCUUUUUUUUUUUUUUUUUUUAAUCAUCACUGUGUUGUUAUUAACAUGGGUGAGGCGGCCCUCGCUUUCCAGAAAUACUCUCUAACUGAUCUGUGUGUUUUUGUGUGUGUGUGUGUGUGUGUGUGUGUGUGUGUGUGUGUGUGUUUUUUUUUAUUAUUAUUAUUUAUUCUUUAUUUUAUUUUGCGGCGAUGGACGUUGGCGUGGCGUUUGCGUAUAUGUCUCCUUCGCCCUGUCUUUUUAUAACUCGGCCGAGCGCUCCUCUUUAAUCACACACCGGGAGGGAUGGAGGGAGAGGGAGGGAGGGAUGGAUGGAUGGAUGGAGGGAGGGAGGAAGGCGGGCCGAGGAGCUGCGUGUGUGUAACGCGAUAGCUGCGCCGUACCGAUGCCAUUACACACACUCUCACACACACGCUGUAGGCUACAGCUCGGACCCACAUCUCUUUCCUCCACGCGCUGGAGGAGUGAAGGUAGCGGAGUGGCGGACGCGGACAACUCCGGACACGCACGCGCUCAACUCCGGACACGCACGCGCUCCACGGAACAUACGACCGAGCCGUCUUUACGAUCCCCUCACGCGUUUUCCCCCACACAAGUGAGGAAAGUCAGAAAACCAGUCCGAGACACCUGGUGUCAUUUGGAUUGGAUAAGAGCUUCACUCACUUUCACUACCAGCUCGAGGAACUCAAGGGACUCGAACUUAACGCAGCUUUUGUUUCUCAUAGUUCGGCUCGUUCCCUGCCAUGGUUCCUAGUCAGACUUCAGGAAGAAAAGUUCUUUAGAAAGCUGAUUUAUUCAGUAAUGCGUUAUUGUUAUUAUUUUAGCCUGUACAGCGCUAUGGGCAUGGUGUUGAAGCACGCGCUGUGAUCGGAGUUGCUCUGCGUGUUGAAGAAUCACGCGUGUAACAGGCGCGAGGACAGAAGUGAUCACCGCCGUGCUGAAGAGCUCUUCUCGGAGGAUAAACCCGUUUCUCCACGCCGAAAGAGGGCCGGGAUUCCAGAAACAAGACUCCAAGGGUGGCACAUUUCACCCAGAAAGAUGGAUUUAGCCAGCAGACUGUAUGGAUGCUUACUAGUGUUUUAUUUCUCGCCGCUGGUUCACGGAGAUGAGGAGCCAUGUGGUGGGCACCGGGAUGCAAGUGAUGCAGGCUAUAUCACCACGCCUGGUUACCCACAGGAGUACCCACCUCAUCAGGACUGCCGGUGGAUCAUCACGGCUCCAGAGCCUUCGCAGCGCAUCGUCCUCAACUUUAACCCCCACUUUGAGCUGGAGAGGCUGGACUGCAGAUACGACUUCAUCGAGAUCCGUGAUGGCAAUUCAGAUUCUGCAGAUCUGCUGGGGAAACACUGCAGUAACAUCGCCCCACCGGCCAUCAUCUCAUCAGGACCCGUGCUCCACAUCCGAUUUGUAUCUGACUAUGCCCACCAGGGAGCUGGCUUCUCAUUGCGCUACGAGAUCCACAAGACGGGUUCUGACUGCUCCAGAAACUUCACCAGUCCAUCAGGUGUGAUCGAGUCACCCGGUUUCCCUGACAAGUACCCUCACAACUUGGAGUGCACCUUCAUCAUUAUUGUCCCUCCUCACAUGGAGGUCACACUCACCUUCAUGACCUUUGACCUGGAAAACGACCCUUUGCAAGGCUCAGAGGGAGAGUGCAAGUACGACUGGCUGGAAGUGUGGGAUGGCCUGCCGCAGGUUGGACCUCUCAUUGGACGCCACUGUGGGACUAAAAUUCCCCCUGAAAUCCAGUCAUCCACCGGGAUUCUCUCACUCACCUUCCACACGGACAUGGCCGUGGCAAAAGAUGGCUUUUCUGCUAGUUAUAACAUGACUCUAAAGGAGGUUACUGACAAUUUUCACUGUAGCAAUCCUUUCGGGAUGGAGUCAGGCCGGAUCACAGACGACCAGAUCACAGCGUCUUCAUCAUUCAGCGAUGGACUAUGGUCUCCGCAGCAGGCUCGCCUUAACUACGACAACAACGCCUGGACGCCCAGCGAAGACAGCAACAAAGAGUACAUCCAGGUGGACCUGCACUUCCUAAAGGUUCUGGCCGGCAUCGCCACGCAGGGAGCCAUCUCUAAAGAGACGCACAAGUCUUAUUAUGUCACCAGCUUCAAACUGGAGGUCAGCACCAAUGGUGAGGACUGGAUGGUCUACCGCCACGGCAAGAACCACAAGACUUUCCAUGCCAACACGGACCCCUCUGAAGUGGUCCUGAACCGGAUCCCUCAGCCCGUCCUGGCUCGAUUCGUCCGAAUCAGACCCCAGACUUGGAAGAACGGGAUUGCUUUGCGCUUCGAGCUCUAUGGCUGUCAGAUCACAGAUGCUCCAUGUUCAGAGAUGCAGGGUAUGCUCUCAGGACUACUCCCCGAUUCGCAGAUCACUGCGUCCUCCAUGCGGGACAUCCACGGCUCCAUGGGUGCGGCUCGGUUAGUGGCGAGCCGUUCUGGAUGGUACCCCAACCCCACCCAGCCUGUGGCCGGGGAGGAGUGGCUGCAGGUUGAUCUCGGAGUCCCAAAAACAGUGCGGGGGAUCAUCACACAGGGAGCACGCGGCGUCGACGGCAGCACCAGCGCCGAGAACCGAGCCUUUGUGAGAAAGUACCGCCUGGCGCACAGCAUGAACGGGAAAGACUGGACAUACUUCCUUGACCCCAGGACCGGCCACCACAAGAUUUUUGAAGGGAACACACACUUUGACACGCCGGAGAUCCGCCGCUUUGAUGAGAUUGUGACACAGUUUAUCAGGGUAUAUCCGGAGAGAUGGUCGCCCCCUGGCAUUGGGAUGAGGAUGGAGAUCUUGGGAUGUGAUCUGCCAGAAUCCACCACUACUGCCAACACAGCCACCCCGACUCUGGCCCAGCAAGAAGAAACCACCACAGCCCAGAGGAUACCAGCUCCCAGCUCCGUGUCUUCUCUGGGUGGAUUGUGUGAUUUUGAGCAAAAUAUGUGCGGCUGGACCCAUGACCCCACAGGUGAUGUGAACUGGGCUCUGCAUAGCCCCUCCAGUCCUGGUCUGGACCAGCCCAUGGGAGCUGACGAUUACGGCAGCUUCCUGUACCUGGAGGCGGGUCCUAAGACUGAGCAUAAGCGUGCGAAGCUUUUGAGCCCCGUGGUGGGACCCGAGCAAGGGCCGCUCUGCCUGCUUUUCCGCUACCAGCUCUCAGGAGAGGCACAGGGAAGGCUGCAGGUCCUGAUUCGCAACGACAAUCAGGACGAGACCCUGCUCUGGACUCUGAAAGCAGACCAUGACCACAAGUGGAGAGAAGGACGAACCAUCCUACCUCAGUCCCCUAAGGAGUACCAGGUUGUCAUCGAGGGCUUGUUUGAGCACGGCAGCCUAGGCCACAUCUGGAUUGACAAUAUCCACAUGAGUUCUAGCACAGAGCUGGAACAAUGCAUCGAACCUUUCCCUGCCUUCCCACCGGAGAUUACUGGGGGAGUCCUUCCUGGCAUGAGUGAUCCCACUGUAGACACUACAGUGUCCCUGCAACCCAUGCCCACCUACUGGUAUUACGUUAUAGCCGGAGGGGGUGCACUGGUGCUGCUGGCCUCCGUCACGCUCCUCAUGGCGCUGUGCUGCCAUCGCUACCACCUGGCUGCCAAGAAGAGCCAGCACUCUGUGUCCUACCACAGCACCCAUUACCCAGGUGGCACCGCUACGGCACCCCCAGUGGAGCCCAUGCUGACCAUUAGACAGGAGAAACACGAGCCAUGCUCCCAGUGCUAAGUAGAGAUUGAGCAACGGAGACUGAGACUAUGGAGGGGGUUCUAGACUCUCUCUCACUAUUAUUCUGCUGCUUCAUAACUACCAACAGGCACAGACGCCCAGUGAUGCACCCGCAGUGCCCUUCAGGAAGGAUUUUGCACCAAGGAUGACCUACGCACCAAUUAAUCUAGAGAUAUUUGAAAGCUGCCAUCAGUGAAAGCAGACUUUUAAAAGCGCUUAGUCACUCAAAUUAGGAGAAGAGAAGGCGACACAUAGUUGUGGCCCUUUUGGAACCUUUGGACCUGUGUGAAGCUCUGAUUGGAGUUUUACAGCGUUUGCAGUUCCAGCUCAGAGUUUGUUGAGAAGAGACGUGCAUCUAACCAGAGUCCUGAGUGGCAAAAAGCCACCUCUGUGUCUGUGUGUGUGUGUGUGUGUGCGUGUGUGUGUGUGUGUGUGCGUACGUGCACACUUCUCUCGCUCUCUGGGUCUCCCUGGAGAGAGCGGCUGGAUGGGAACCUGACUUGGCAGGGUUCUGAUCCCCUGCUUGUGACCAAUCCUGUUGCCAAGAGGAAAAAAUGGCUGUGCAGUGCUGCCAGAACUACUGAGAGAGGAAAACACAAAAGUGAUAUGAGAAAACUGCAAGAAGGAAACCAGGAUACUGCUGUGUCACAUUAAAGCUUUAGCAUGUGGACUGAAUAAUGCACGCACAUACACUCAUACACACACUUGGCAAGGAUGUGGGAGAGUAAGAGGGGAAAAUUAAUGUUAGUUAAAGAUGCCUUGUAAGCAGCAGUGUAACAAACUCACAGUUGUUUUGUUUUUGUUUUUUUUUUUGUUUUUUUUUAGAAGGAAUGUGUCUUUGUGUGCCUUGUUGGUCCACGUGUGUGUGUUUGUGUAGGUGGGUGGGUGGAUGUAUGAGUGUUAUGUGGGUGCAUGGGUGCAGUUGCUCUCCCAGACUCACGCCACCUAGUGUUUUACCUUCCUCUUCCUUUUCUCACAAGUCUGUCUCCUAACUGAAUGGCGUAUCCAGAAGGAAGAUCAGUAUCUGUCUGUUGCUGUGUACAUUUCAUUUCUUGACUGUCUAUGAAGCUCUGUAACUUGCUUUGGUACAUCUGUGUCUAAAGAUUUCCUGUUUGAUUUUUCUAUAUGCAAAAGUUAUGUGACCCUGCCUUAGCCAGUCUUACACCUCUGAGCAACCCACAAUCUUUAAGUCUCAUCAUUGGCCUUAAAUAUACAAGUGGCACAGGGCUGUUCAAUGCCAGUCACUAAAGAGCCUCACUUUUUUGCAGAAAAGACUUAAUGUAGUUUACUAAAUGUACUUUAUAUGCUAGUUAUUUUCUGUAAUAUUUUUAUAUCCAACUUGAUAUGUCAUGGUUGCUGACUGAAAGGCUAAAUGGAAAUGUAUAUGCACAUGACUGAUGCACUGACGAACGUUCAGCGUUCUCUGGUAGCCAAUCACGCCUGUUGACUUCUAUUACUAUUUUGACUGCUUUAGGCUGUUUUUAUCGGCUUGUAUGGAAGCGGAGAGUGAAACUCAAGCUGUGAAUAUGUGGCUUUGCUUGGCUGCUCCGCUUCAUGUUUGACAUUGGUGGGGCUUUGCCAUGUUCGAUAGCACUGCAGAGAGUGAGAGAACUCACAGACUCUAUAGGUCUCAACGUUGCACACUGUGUUAAAUCUGACGGCUAUCCUUUAUGGGUCCUCUGUAUCUCAAAUAUACAGAAUUAUUUUUGUGCAAUUAUCAUACUUGGAAAUGCAUUUAUAUGGCAUAAACAAUUUGAUGUUUGAUGAUGUGCAUACUGUAAUACAUGUUUAUUCUAAAGUGUCUGAUAGCUUUAAAGUGUAUGUUCUUGACUUGAUUAUGAAAAUGGUAGGUUUACCUUUUUUUUGACAAUCCCCCACUAAAAUGUGAUCACUUAGUAAAAACCCACCGAUGAUCUGAGGAACAUCAUUCAAGAUCAGUGUGAAUCAAAAGACUUUAUAUUAUUGAGUAUUACCACACAGCCAAGAUACCCAGCCUAGAGCCUGGUUCAUGAACAUUCCAUAAACAUCUUAUUCCCUUUAGUCAUAAAGAGUUCGAGGCAUCAUCUAUUAUAAAAGAAAGCUGGCCGUUAGGCAGUUGCUUCGGGUUUUUACAUCAUCAGAUGCAUUUUGGGAUUAAAGGAGAAUGUAAAUCCCAAUACCUACUUAUGUCCUCCAUAUGGCAAUAGGUGAAAAUAAUCCUCCAUUACAGAGACGCAGGCUAUUUUGCCCCAUUAAUCUGCUCUUCACAAAAGAAUGCAUGGAAAGGUGGAAGGGGAGAUCAAAGCGAGAGGUCGGUCUAAAGAUACACCAGCUCUGGUUCGGCCCGGAGUCUGAAGGGGUUUGCUUAAGAACACAAAAGCACAUGAAAGCUGCUUGGAGACAGCCAGAUAGAGCACCUGACCUGACAGACCCAUGAUGUCACUGGAAGAGGGGGGAAAAAAAAAGUAUUCUUUCGCUCCCUUUUCCAUCUUUAUUCUCCUUAAUCCCUGUGUACAUUAGAUCCGUGUUAACAAAAUUACAGCUACUGUAAUGAGGCCAGGAUUCAAGCAGGCCUGUCUGUCAUGCAUAAAGCAGGCUGUCAUUAUGGCUUUUGUUUAAGAUUUAAUGAUAAAAGUACAAUGGCAGGUUUUUUUUUUUUAAAGUGACAGCAGCACUAACACUAGCUUCAAAGCUUUUUAUCUCACAAACAAUGCAAAAAAUGCCGACCUACAUUACAGUGCUUGCCCCCUUCUAUAAAUAAUGAUGUCACUGUCAAUUUGUCUAGUAUAGUGCCAAUAAGAAAUCCACCCUCCAUUUCCUUCUCAUUGUUCCUUUACUUCAUACUACCUGCGAGUCUAGCUCAUGGGCUCAUGUGAUUCAUUUUGACAUAAGGCUUUUAACACAGACUACCCAAUAAUCAUACCUUCAAAGUAUUUGAUUUCCCUGUAGGAAUGCUAGCUUGAGAUGGUUUUAUUUAUGAUCAGUAGUUCCCCCCCACCCCUUCCCCUGACAGGUUAGCAGAAAUACAGUUUGGUCUCGAUGUGCGUUUAUAUCAACCAUGGCUGCCCGGUGCGAUUUCUAUGUAGCUCUAAAUAUUUCUAAUUAGAUAAUGGGUCGAUUGCAUUCUUUCUCUGGGCCCUUUUCCUUUUGCUGUCCAUCAAAUGAUAUUAAUGAGCAAAAGCACUUAGGUCCUCCUGGCUGUAUACAAGCCUCACAGUGCCAAGAGCCUGCCUCAGCACAAAAAACACAUUGCAUAUGCAGUCUGAUGUGUUGCUUUAGAAAAAUAAGUCAUUUUAAUAUUAUUUUAAGUUGUCAUAUUGUCCGUCAAAGUAGAAUAUGAGUCUGUUUUGGGUUUUUUUUGUGAGUAAAAUACGGAUUUUUAACCAACCUGACAAGUAGCAUUAAUAAUUUGGAAAAGGUUAGUGUUUUAUCUUAAAUAUAUUUUGAUCCUGGUGCAGUGUAUUUGUUUUUUGCUUCAUGUUCGUGGUCUCAAGACUCCGAUCUCUGAUACAUUUGUGGCUGUGUGCUCCCUGCAUCUUCUCUUUGUGUAUAUUGGGUCUUGACUGGGAUUGUCUGUUUAUGUGCCAUUUCUGCGCUGCACUUCAGCCUGUUUCAAAAAGAUUUGAGGAAUAUUUUAGCCUGUUGAAUUUUAUGGUCUUGGAAAAUGUUGUGCGGAAUGUAAUAAUAAAGUGAUAUUUUUCUACAAACUGCUUCUGGGGUGUUUUUAUGAUGUAGCAAUCCUGCAUUUUAUGUGUAUUUGUUAGCUGAUUGUGGAUGACGUUUUUUUCAUUAUGUUGGUGGUUAAAAUGUAAAAUGUACUACACGUGCGUCAGUUCCGCUUCAGUGAAUAGCCAAUAAACAGUAUGUUACUGAGGCUGCAUAAACUUGUAUUUUCAUGCCAUUAAAGCUUGAGUCAUAGCAUGCAGCACACACUCAUUUAGCAAAAAAAACCCUGCAAGGUUGUUCUCUUAUUUGUUUUUGUAGCCUCUCAAGUUGAACCCCAAUAAAAAUGGUUUCUUAUUUUUGUUUUCU